AUGAUACGUCAAAGGACGUAUUUUACCAUUGUCGUCAUUUCCCUUUCAUUUUCAUUUGCAUCUUCUUCAGCAGAUGCUGAGAACUUUGUUCAAUGUCUUUACAAUUAUCCCCGUACCACCACCUCAAUCUCCAAUGUUGUUUACACCAAAACCAACCGUUCAUACUCGUCUAAACUAGAUUUUUCCAUUCAUAAUCUUAGGUUCAAAUCAAACACAAUCCCGAAACCCCUCGUCAUUGUCACACCGCUGGAAGUUUCCCACAUUCAAGCCACCAUAAUCUGUUCCCAACGCCAUGGCAUGCAGAUUCGAACCAGAAGUGGAGGCCAUGAUUAUGAGGGUGUCUCGUACGUAUCCAAGCAUCCAUUUGUCGUCAUCGAUCUCAUAAACCUUCGAGGAAUCCAAGUACACGUACAAAAACGCACUGCAUGGGUUCAAGCUGGGGCAACCGUUGGUGAACUUUACCACGGGAUUAGCAAGAAAAGCAAAACAUUGGGGUUCCCAGCAGGUGUGUGCCCCACUGUGGGCACUGGUGGCCACAUAAGUGGAGGUGGGUAUGGAUUCUUGAUGCGCAAGUACGGUCUGGCUGCUGAUAAUGUAAUUGAUGCUCAAAUAGUUGAUGUCAAGGGUAAACUUCUUGACAGAAAAGCCAUGGGUGAGGAUCUGUUUUGGGCCAUUAGAGGAGGUGGGGGAGCAAGCUUUGGUGUCAUCGUGGCUUGGAAGGUAAAACUAGUUCCAGUUCCAUCAACUGUGACAAUGUUCAAUGUUGGCAGAAGAUUGGAAGAAAAUGCAACUGAGAUUAUUCACAAGUGGCAGCUUGUGGCAAAUAAACUUGACGAGAACCUAAUGAUUAGAAUAAACUUGAGAAGGGUAAAUUCAUGUCAAACGAGGAGACUAACAGUACAAGCUGAUUUUGAAUCCGUGUAUCUUGGAGGUGUAGAUCAGCUACUUCCCUUGAUGCAAAAGAGCUUCCCAGAGUUGGGUUUGGUGAGAGAGGACUGUACUGAGACGAGUUGGGUUGACUCAACUCGCGUAAGGGCUGGAUUUCGAAGGGAUCAAUCCCCUGAUGGUUUGUUGAACAGAACUCAAUUAAGUGUUGUGUCAUUCUUCAAAGGAAAAUCUGAUUAUGUGAGGGAUCCCAUUCCUGAUGUUGGGUUAGAAGGGUUAUGGCCUUUAUUUUUUGAAGAUGAGGCUGCAGAUGCUUUUGUUCAAUUCACUCCUUAUGGAGGACGGAUGUAUCAGAUUUCAGAAUCUGAAAUUCCAUUCCCUCACAGAUCAGGAAACAUAUUUCAGAUUCAGUACGGGGUGUAUUGGCAUGAGCAAGGGAAAGUGGCCUCGCAAAAGCACAUGAAAUGGAUUAGAAAAGUGUAUAAAUAUAUGGAACCUUACGUUUCAAAGUCUCCCAGAGCUGCAUAUAUGAAUUACAGAGACCUUGACAUUGGGAUGAAUAACAAUGACCACACAAGCUAUGACCAAGCCAGCAUUUGGGGUGUCAAGUAUUUCAAUAACAACUUCAAGAGAUUGGCAACAGUGAAGACCAAGGUUGAUCCUCAAAACUUCUUCACAAACGAACAGAGCAUACCUUCUUUGUGUAAGAGACGCAAAUAG